CAAGUAAUACCAUCUAGCGACCACACUAACAAGCUCACCUGAGUACACACACACCAUAGUAAUAGCAGGACACGAUAAACAAUGGUCAAACCCGUCAACGUGUCCGCGUUGGCGAGACGGAUGCCGACGGCUGGGACGUUGUUCUUGGGUAUCGUGAUCGGGCUGAUCAUCACCAAGCUGUUUACGAGUUCGCCCAGUCAAUCGACGGCAUGGUCAGGGAGCCAUUCGACGCCUCUACGUGGGAACCCUGUACAUUCGAGGUUGAGCCGGAGUACACCCUUGCCGACUCUCACCCAGCGUUAUCGAGUGCUCGAGAUCAUCGCCUCGCUCUCCGCGCACCAUACCAAGGAAUGCCUCCGACAGCCUCAAGAGCAGUACGCACAGCAGGUGCACAAACGCUAUGAACCGCUCGUCGGUCACAAGUCUUACUACACCGGCAAGGGGUGGUUCGGACUCGGAGGCGGGGGAGUGGUCCCGGAUACGCAUACGCCCGAUCUGAUGGACGCCAAGCGAUCCAACUUGAAUAAACGAGACGCGGACCCGUUGGGAGCGGACGGGUGGAACGAACACAAGAAGCGCGACUUGGUUUCCAAGCAGCACAAGUACUUUUUCGCCAUCAACCUUUACAACUCGUUUGACGUCAUCCCGGACCUGUUCGCGACCAUGUUCAGGACGGCCGGAGUGCUCGGGUACCACAACGUCUUCGUCUCGAUCUACGAGAACGGGUCCAACGACCAGACCAAGGCGCUCCUCAGGAUCUUUGACGCGCUCGCGAGAGUCGUCGGGAUGAGGAUCAUCAUCCGUACCUCGAUGCGAACCCGAGGCGCGUUCAACCAUCGGAUCGAAUACCUCGCCGAGGUCAGGAACGCGGCCAUGGUACCCCUGCACGAACUGAGGGAUACCGAGGGCGAGAUUUUUGAUACGGUGAUCUUCAUGAACGACAUCUUGCCUUGCGUGGACGACGUGCUCGAGUUGAUCUGGCAGAGCAGGAGGCAGAACGCCGGGAUCACGUGUGCGGCGGAUUACAUGUUUCACGACGAUAUCGGAGCCCCGGUUUUCUACGACAACUGGGUGGCGAGGGAUAUCAACGGGACCGCCCUGGAGAACGCGCCGUUUGAGCAGAUCUUCCACCAUACCGAGAGCGAGAAACGGUUCAUGCAUCACUUGCCCGUUCAAGUUCAAUCAUGCUGGAACGGGAUCGCCGUCUUGGACCCGGCGCCUUUCUACAACCCGCCUCACGUCAGGUUCAGGAUGGCUAAACUGUCCGAGGGGGAAUGUUCGGCUUCAGAGUGUGGUCUGAUCUGCAACGACUACUGGAAUUCUGGGUACGGACGGAUCAUCAUGGUCCCCCGUGUCAAGUUGGCUUACGACAAGCGAGUCUACGACAUCAUCCACCCCGUCCGCCGCAACCUGACCGCCAUCCGGGGCUACAAACGCCUCGGAGGCUUGCCUGACGACCCGCAUACGGACCCACAGGAUAAGAACUGGUACGGUCCUCACGAUCGGUUGUUCGUACCCGAAGAGGACGAGGUGUUGAAUUUCCAGCCUGGGCCGAAGUAUGUCUGGUGUUGGGGUUGGGACGGAGCGGGUGAUCUCGAUGGGCCCGAUGUCGACCCGAUUUGGGAAGAACAGCUCCCGACGACGUACGACAAGGAUUCGAUCUUGAUCAAACACGAUCGAUCUAUGCCGGGCUGGUCUUGAAAUCCCCCCUGAACUCGCUUUCUUCUCUCUUGAACGCGCUUGAAUCAAGUUGGCAUAUCGCAUCGCAUUCCAUCGUGUCGCAUGAUCGUCAUACGGUCCUACACGACGCGGUACGACGGCGUUCGAGCCAAAGGACGAGCCGGAUCAGGCUCAGGGCGAUUCUUACUUAUUUUUAGACUAGAGAACUCUCGGUGUUUCGUAUUACCUUUUACUUGUACUUGCUUUUGACUGGGAUAUGGAUUAUGGAAUCAGGAUAGCCAAUCUUCGC